AGGGGAGAGAGAGAGGGGGGAGGAAGAAUGGCGACCGUGCAGUGCCCCAGAUGCUCUGCAGAAAGGAAAGGGUUUCGGCGGGAACUUGAUUCUUGGCGACACAAACUGAUACACUGCGUUGGGUUUGAAAGCAUUCUGGAGGGAGUCUAUGGACCAUUGCUGCUGAGGGAUCUUAAUUUAUUCGAUGACUGUGAACCUGAAGAGGUGGAUGACUGGUCCUCAGAUGCAAACUGCUCCCAGUGUUCAUUCUGCAACCUUCCCCUGGAUAAAAAUGAUCAAGUACCUGGUGCCACAUCCCCCCUCUCCUCCCCCUCUGACUACUCUCCCUGUCAGGCUCCAACCAUCUCUGAGAGCAACCAAUCAGCCUACAAGUUCCUCCAAGCUGUGUUUCACAAGAAAGAUGUGUCCAUCGGCUGUGACCCCAACAUCCCUCUGGUUGCCCAGGAGCUAAUGAAGAAAAUGAUACAUCAGUUUGCCAAGGAGUACACGUCCAAGUGCCUGCUCCACACUAAUACAAAUGGUGUUAUAACAAGGACCUCAUCACCUUUGUCAGAAACCACAGAUGCCCCUCUGGACCUCACAGUGAGCCGGACCCUGGAGGAGAAAGAAAGUGAAUGUGAACCAGAUGGUGUGCUCGACCUCUCCAAAAGGAACUCUGUCUGCUCAGCAGCUUCAUCGUCCGAUCACAAGUCCUCAGGCUCCCUGCCGCCGUCACUCUCAGAAGAAAUUGGAGAUAAGGGAGGACGAGGGCCUAAGUGUCUUCGGAGCUCAGUAUUGGAUGCCGUUCUUGGAACACUCUGCCCAUCACACAGUUCCUUGCUCUACCAGAUACUAAAGCUGGCACACCAAGAAAACUUACUGCUUGUUAAUCACAGACCUGUAGGUCUAACUCAGUCUAUCUGCUGUCACUGUGGGGUAAACCCACUGGAUAAUGUCAACCCUAAUGCAGUCCAUCUAAGUGAAUGCAAAUCCCACAGCAGCAGCAGCUUGUACUCCCCUUCAAUUAAUUGUGAACAUCAAGGUCUUGGCAGCACAAUGUGUCAUUCAGGAGACUCCAUGUCUAGUUGUAACAUCAGCCACUACUCUUUAGCAGGCUGUAAAAAUCGAGCCUCUCUGUGCUCAAGCUGUUCCUGUGUGCAGAGUUGCAAGAUGGAAACUUGCACUGUUCUAUGCCCAAAGAGGCUGCACAGCACUUCCUGCCACAGCCUGGCUGUAGGUCAUAUCAGUAACAAAAUGUGUUCAUUUGCAUCCUCUCCUUCUUUGUCAAAUUCUUCACUGUGCGCUUCUGCAUCGAUCUGCUGUAAUCAACACAACGACUGUUGUCCCUGUUAUUCAAACCAUGCCUGUGUGACGCAGGACAGGAACACAAUAGAAGUAGGAGAGGGGGAUCCACCUUGUCCUGUUUUAAAGAGAGAGCAGAGCCCCUCUCCGCCCCCUUUAUCCCCUAUUCCUUCAGACAUCGAUAAAAAAACUGAUGAAAGGCCACCCUCUCUCCUUCACCAUAAACAAGAAGCGGAAGCUGACCUAAUGCUUGAAGAUGGUGUUGUGAACGCAAGUAAUCAUAAAGCAGGUGUUGAUACAGCAACAGAAGAGGACCAAGAGUGCUGGUCCCCAAGAAGUGGUCUUGAUGAGCAGAACCCAAGUGGGAAUCUACUGCAAGAUGUUGUGAACCGCUUUAGUGAAAAACUAGAGACAAUCAAACCGAUAGAAAAGGACCGACCUUUGGUUUCCACUGCUGUUAAUGUCACUGAAAUGGAGCAGUCCAAGUCCCCCAUAACCAGUCCGAACAUGCAGUUUCAUGCUGACGCUCAUCUGACUGAAAUCAUCACAACAGUUCUUCACACAGGCAGAGCUAGUGACUACAAUCUCAGUGAGCUAUUCAAUCGCCAUGAUAGCAAAGAACCAAAGUCACCUAAUACCCGCUCCCGUCGUCGCCAAGAAGUCCUUGCUGCUAUUGCAACACCAACUGAUGAUGCUUCAACCAGAAGGCAAACAUUACAAAUCAAACGAGACCUAGCCAAGCUUGACCAGUCCUACAGUAGGAAAAAGGUGCCACUAGCAAAGAGGCCAAAAUUGAAGGAUGAAAGUGUUGCUGUUACAACAUUACAGACUUCAGAUUCAAACCUUGUUAAAAAGGAGUCUAAAAAAGAAACUGAAAAUGGAGAACCUCUCGAGGAUCAUAGAUUUGAGAAGGGACCACUGAACUUUUUAAUGGCAGAAAGUGACAGGGAUAAAGUAAAAGAGGAGAUACAAACAGUAAUUGUAAAAGAAGUUAAGAUCUUUAAAGCAGAGGAGAAAGUAAGGGAAAUAUCUGCUGUGGAAAACGAUUGUACCUCCUCUGGCACUCCAAUACUUGCCCCUGAGCUCAAGAGGAAAUACUGCGAUCAACGAUCAAAGGUUGAAGGUGUGCAAACAAAGGCAAUGCCAGUGACUCCAACCUCAGUUAAACAGCGUGGCAGGCCUUGUAAAAAGUUUCGCGCGAUAAGCAGUGCUGGAAGGGAAAGGAAGCACAAAGAACCAUCAGAUCAACAUUCCUACAGUGAAAAAAGCUUGUGUAAUGGUCAAGAUUUCCAUAGUCCUAUUGGAGAGAGACAGAUGUGUCAAUCGCAUAACUCUAAGGACUCGAGAAGGUCCAAAAGACAAAUUGUACCUCCGCAGCGGUUCUCCUCCUAUGUCACAGAGCCCAGGAAAAUGUUCUUCGUUGCAUGUUUCUCUGAAAGCAUCUUUAACCUGAAAACAAGAGAAAAUGAAGAUUUGACAACAAGCCCCAUGGAUGAUCAAGAUUCUAAGAACAUAGAGUUAGAAGCAAGAGAUGAAGCCUCUCAGUCCUCACCUGAUCACUCAGUGAAACAAUGUGACCACUCUGACAAUAAUUUAAAUUGUCUUUCAACAAACCCGGUGUUACCCCAAACUGCUGAACAAGAUGCAUCUCCCACAGAAAACUGCUCAAAGAAUCCUAAAGAUGGCGAAGAUGUUGCUGCCAAACCUUUUGGAAGGCUAAGAUCAUCUCCAAAGAAACAACAGGACUCGAAGGCAGUUUUAAGAACUCCCGAAACCCCGUCUAGUUCCACCAUUAAACCUGCUAGGUGUGUUAAGAGCCUUAUAAACUCCCAAGCCCAAUACACAAGUCCAAUAAAGCUCAUGUUUGUAUCGCCAAUGAAUGAUGAGGAAGGAGUUAGAUAUAGUCUCAAAUCAGCAGGCUCUAGUUCUGGUGGACCAGUAGAGGAACCCUUUGACCCAUGUGAAGAAUCUUCAUGGUCAGGGGUAGCUCAGAAACACAAGAGCCAGAGCGCUGAGUCUGGUACGUCGAGAGGAAAAUAUAUUUCUUCACCACUGAAAUCUGCUACCUCAUCUGCAAGAUCUGCUUCUUCACCCAAGUCAGCCCGCUCGCCACCCAAAUCUGCCACUCCAUCACCCAAGUCAGCCCGCUCAGCACCUAAAUCAGCCACUCCACCACCCAAGUCAGCCACUCCACCACCCAAGUCAGCUACUCCAAUGCCCAAGUCAGCCCGUUCACCACCCAAAUCACCCACUUCACCUCCCAAGUCAGCCCGUUCACCACCCAAAUCAGCCACGUCGUCACCCAAGUCAGCCCGUUCACCACCCAAAUCAGCCACGUCGUCACCCAAGUCAGCCCGUUCACCACCCAAAUCAGCUACUUCUUCACCCAAGUCAGCUUCUUCAUCACCUAAAUUAGGUUUUAGAAGAUCAGGCGAAGGAACUCCAACUAAGCGUCUUGCUUGUAGUGAGGGCCAAAGAUCCCCAGGUGACUUACUAUCUUACCAUGAAACUACACCUAUAAAAAGGCGCCCUGGGCGGCCAAAGAAGUUAGGACCCCAGAUUGAGCAAAGAGUGAAGAGGCCGAUUGGUCGGCCACGCAAGCACAAAGCUGAAAAUUCAGCAACUGGGUCUAAAAUGGAAAGUGGUACAUCUGAUACGUCACCUGAAACUGAAGAGAAUGCAAACAAGAACUUAAAAAUCACAGUGGUGUAUGGACGGUCAAGGAGAAACAAGAGGACAGUCUCUGAGGGAUUUGACCAGUUGCAAACAGAAUUACAUGAUGCUUGGCAAGAAGCGGAUAUUAAAAGUGAUUUGAUUUUAAUGCACAACUGUAAGACGAGCUCUGGGGGUAUCAAGACAGCCUCAGCAGAUUUGCCAGAGGAACUAAACUUCGUGAGCCCUGUGAAACAGUGUGCGCCCCAGUCCAGCAGUAAAGUCAAAUGUCAGAAGCGGGAUGAUUCUGCAACAUCAAGGAAACCCGGUAGACCAGCAAAAGUAAAAAUAUCUGGAAUUUCAGUCACGGUAACUACAGUGUCACCUCGGCAACGUAAAAUUCAGAUCAACAAGGAUACCAGACAGUCUCCUGAAGUGCGUAUUCGUGAAAAAGUACGUAGGCCUGAAAUCAAUUGUUCCAAAGAGCCCUGGACAAUCAAUUGUCAAUCAGCAAGCAAAAUGAGUCAUACAGAGGGAGCGAUAGAUACAAAAAACGAAAGUAAAGACAAACUGCCAAUCAAGUCCGUAGCAGUUCGUCAAUCCAUGAGGGUGAGAAAGCCCUCGAUCCACUUUCUGCAUGCAGUUGCCACUUCGACUGCUAGAUCAUACAGCCACAGUAAUGCUCUGCUACGGCGCUCUAAACAAUUCCUGCUAAACAGGGCUAGCAAUGAACGGAGACAGGGUGAGCAACAGAGCAGUGCACAAACUUCAGGGGAGAGAAGAAAGCGCUUUGGACAGGGAAGGAAUGGCAUCUCUAAGGACCUAGGCAGAGUGGCAGCCCUAUCUGUGGACUCCAUCUUCUCCCCAAAAGAGACGUUAAGGUGGUGGGCUUCAUCAGCCGAGGAACAGACAACCAAUCAUGAGCUUGCCAGGCGGAUACGACUCGUCUCUGACACCUGGGUUUCAGACACUGGUGAGAAUCAAGGAAAAGACAUGGCGUUGAGUUCUAAAAUAGCCACAAAAAGCAAUAGUUCUUCGACCAGAAAGUCCAAACAUUCCUCUGUGGUCCGUACACUCUUCGACUGUCCUCCCGACGAACCCAGUUCUUGUAGCAUGCAGCAGCUCUGCUCCUGGUUCAUGCAGACCACAGAGACGCAGUCUUUGGCUAUUGUUAAAAAGGCAAGCUCCCGCAAUCCUUAUGAAGUCAUGCAUUUCCCUCGUACUUCCAACAAAACGAGCAUUUGCCACAGUCCCCAGGCAGAGCGGCUCCGCAAACAUGUCAAGAAAUUUGCCAAAAUCGUGCCAAAAAGUCCUCUGCAGCAUCAGCGGGCUCAAAGAAGGUUAAAGAGGAGAAAUAAGACCCACCCUUCAACACAAAGUUGUAGGCGAAGUCUUUUCAGUCCCAGGUUGGCAAAAGGAAGGUCCAAUCAAGGAGCCCAAUGGAGGAGCAGUAGAGCAUUUGGAAAGUAUCAGGCAACUCUUUCUAGAGCAAGAACAAGGUUCCUAUCCAGGAAAAAAAGAGAGGAGUGGCAAGAGAGGCAGAGGAAUGGAAAAAACCCAAAAGGUGCUACCAUUGGUCCAAAUGGACACAUAGUGUCUGGAAUGCAACCAGAAAGUUAUCCAUCAAGCAGAUCAGCUCAAAAUCAAUUAUUUGACUGUUUAGAGGAGGGCUCUGCUAGCACUUCUGUUGGACAAACUCAGGAGACCGUUGAUGUCCGAAAGGAGCAGAACCUGUGCUCUAAAGCCUGGAGUCCUGAGAAGCUCAAGGAAUGCAGGGUGUUUUUAAGGAAAAUCAACUCUCCAGACAAUAAAUCACCCGAGGAAGAGUGGGACUCCUGCACCGUGACACUGGAUGACGGGUCCCCUUCUGCAUACCACUUUGCAAGAAGGCAGAGAGAACUGGUGGAAGUUGUCAAAGCUGUGAAAACUGAAAGAAAACAGAGCACGAGUAGGAACGCCUCAAGUAAGCUGGCAGGUUCGGCACCCAAAUUAGUCCAGGAGCAGGACAAGGUGCCAACAGGGAGGCAGAAUGGCAGAUACAAAAGUCUGCCUAGGGCCCAGUCUACAGAUCAACAAUCUCCACCACCAGCGAAAACGGUGAGACAAUCGCGCAUGAGGGGCCUGACUGGGCCAAGAUGGUGCGACUUUGUGUUCGAAACCUAAAUUAAUCAUGAGGCAGCCUCCGAGCUGGGAAAAGGGACUGUGGUUUAUAGAUGUGCCUUUGGACAUUGAGCUGACCACAUGGACUGACCAUCCCGACAUGGUUCAGUCUUACACUCAGCCGUUAUGUAGCAGUCUAACUUAACAAAAGCUUGAUGUUGCACUAUUUUUAUCCUUGGAUAAGUAUGUACAGAAUGUGUGAUUUUGUUUUGUUUUGUUUUCUAUUGUCAUCUUGCCUCGGUCUUUAAUAAUGUUCAUAGUAGAUCAAAUCAUGUCAAACUGUUUAAUCGAAGACGCUCGUACAGCGAGCCCUUUCAUAUUUGCUGCAUUAAAUGGAAAGAAACAGCUUAACUGUAUCGAGACAAUGCCACCUCCCCUUAAAGAUACCUCAUUAUUAAGGCCACAACAAUGACUUAUUUUUUGUAAAUGUUAAACUAAAUCCAAUAGACAUUAUUAAUGCAAGUCAUUGUCACAGAGAGAGGGAAGCUCUAAAAAAAUCUUUCAGAAAUGUAAUAUUUAUUUAUAUUGCAGCUUAAUUUGACACUGUUUAGGUUUAAUUUUUUUAUUUAAUAUUUUUCUAUUUUUUAGAUUUCAUAAAGUUUUAGAACUAAUAGCAGAGCAUUGGUUGCCAUGUUUUACCUUUGAUGGUCCUGUCGCUGUUGUAUCGCAGUUCAGUAGUCCCAAACAAUGCUUUAAAUGAAGGUUGUUUGUUUUCUUUGAAUCAACCAAGCCCCUCGUAUUUACCCUUAUUAUGAUCAGUUUUUGGGGCCCCCAACUACACAUUUGUAUAUUGAGAUACCGCCUGUUAUGUCCUUAUUUCCCUUUAAGUAUUCUUCAAGCAACAUUCACAAGUCUUGGCACCAAACUGUAAUCAGCAUACACAUACGAUAUCUAAAAGAGAACAUUUUCUGCCCAGACAUCCCACAUUUAAGCGAUGAAGGAAGUGGAAAGCAGUCGUAGAAAGUAGUUCAUUUAUCUUUGUGUUUUCUUUGUUUUCAUCCAAAGCAGAUUCUAUAUAUUGGUGUUGGAUCCACGUCUUGCACUACUCCCAUCAGAGAUUAUUCAUCCCACUUUACAUAUUUCUCGCCCAUAUUUUGCACAUCCCACGUCCCACUACCAAAACCCUACUGUAAAAAAAAACAAAAAAAAAAAAAUAGAGAAUAUAUUUGGUGCAAUACAAACCCAGAUAUUUUAUCUGUAUGUAGUAUUUUAUUGCUGACAGACAAAUGGAUGUACCCAAGUACCAAUGGCCUGGGAUGUUACUUGUGUUUGUUUUUCCAUAGCCAUGUAAUGUGAUCUUGAGAAAUAUUGCAAUACAUCCACCUGCUGUUCUCCCCAAUGAAACAUUAAAUGUGUUAAUUUCUAUAAAUGUACUAGCAUUAAUUACAAAUCCAAUGCAAAGGGGAAAUGUACACCCCCCUUUUUUUUUUUUUUAAGUU